AUGAUUAAAACUCGGUCUGGAUCAUCAUUUCAUCGUUUAUUGCGCCCUAUCUCUGGAGGUUUCACCGUCGCCAUCGCCCUCUUGGUGCUUUGGCAUCUCUACGCUUUCCCGUCUACUAACACACAUCUUGUCGCCGCGCCCAAAGACGUCCCCGAAAGAAAACCUCAUCUAGCGAAGCCCUCGAAACGCGUUAUUCCCAACUUGGUUCACUUUGUCUACAUGCUUAAAGACCCCGAAAGCGAGCUUGCCUUUGACUUCAGCGCCUUCCUGUCCGUGUACGCCGCCUGGCAUUACUGGCACCCCGACGCCAUAUACCUGCACACAGAUGCCCCGAAUCAAACCAUCAGCCGAGCGCGAGAUGGACUAUCCGGGAAAUGGAGCAAGCUCCUCUUUAGCAUGCCGGGCUUUCAAGUAAAGCACGCCACAUCUCCGACGCACGCUGGCAACGGGGCGGAAAUAAACCUCAUGGAGCACAAAUCAGACUUCGUCCGGGUCCAGGCCGUCCGAGAUUUUGGGGGCACCUACAUCGACUUUGACGCACACGCACUGCGAGACAUAAAGGUGCUUCGAGAAGCCGGCUUCAAUGCCAUUGGCGGGAGGCAGCUUGGGGGGCAGGUAAUGUCGGGCACAUUCAUGUCGAGAAAAGGCAGCAAGAUGAUUAAUCUUUGGGCCGAAGAGAUGCCCCGAGUAUACGACGGCGGCUGGGUCACUCAUAGUAAUGAGGUUAUAACACGUGUCGGGGAGAAAUUAGUGGCCGAGCCCGGCGAAAUGCUCAUCAUGGAACGAGAAGCCUUCGGUCCCGGUAGCUGGGAAGCCGAGGACCUGACUCGGCUAUAUGAGCCUCACAUGGACACACCCUCAAGCCUGGAAGGUAUCGAUCCUGGUGGCCGCCUGCCGUCGUAUGGCGCCGACUCUCCCGGCACCGGCAACUAUUCUGAGAGCACCCCGUCGUGGGCGACCAACUGGUCACGGACGUAUAUCCUUCAUGCCUUUGGUACAAAACGAUCCGGGACCAAAGUCGAGGGGUUUGAUCAUAUUUCACCACGUUAUGUGCUGGAAAGGCGAAGCAACUUUGCACGGGCCGUUUACCCGAUUGCCAAGAUUUUAUAUGAUCGUGGUUUAAUAGAUGUAAAUGAUUUAUAA